AUGUAUGCAAUAAUUUUGAAAGCGAAAGGAGCCGAAGAAUUGCGGUUGUGCGAUUUUGUGAAAAUAAUCUUCAUCCAUCUCACUCGUGGUUUCAAGUUUUCCAAUAUCACAUACACAAAGUUAUAAGGUAUAGAUUCGUUAACAUUCAGAGCCGGCUCUUUUUGCAAAUACUGGCUGAAAAAAGUCAUAAUUUUAACUUGUCGUAUCGUCAGCAAUGGCAGCAACGAAAACGGAAGCAGUACCAUCCGCUUUGCGAAAUGCGAGCAAGGAAAGUCCUGAUUCAUGGAAGGCUAAACUGAAGGCUCCUGCGAAGGACAAACGCAUAAGAACUACCGAUGUCACAGCUACAAAAGGAAAUGAAUUUGAAGACUACCUUCUCAAAAGGGAAUUACUCAUGGGAAUUUUUGAAAAAGGUUACGAAAAGCCCUCACCCAUACAAGAAGAGAGCAUUCCUAUGGCUCUAGCAGGAAAACACAUAUUAGCCAGAGCAAAGAAUGGUACUGGCAAAACUGCUGCCUAUCUGAUUCCCCUUUUGGAAAAGUGUGACAGAGAAAAACCACAUAUUCAAGGCCUUGUGUUGGUGCCUACACGUGAACUGGCUCUUCAAACGUCACAAAUAUGUAAAGAACUCGGUAAACACCUUGAAAUACAAGUUAUGGUUACUACAGGAGGAACAAGUCUCAAAGAUGACAUUAUGAGACUUUAUAGUGAUGUUCACAUAAUUAUUGCCACCCCUGGUCGUAUACUAGAUUUAAUGAGAAAAGGAGUGGCUAAAAUGGACCAUUGUCAAAUGCUUGUCAUGGAUGAGGCUGAUAAGCUGUUAUCCAUGGACUUCAAGGGAAUGUUAGAAGACAUAAUAAGUUUCCUCCCUCCUAGCAGACAAAUUCUUCUUUAUUCUGCUACGUUUCCCAUAUCAGUAAAGGAAUUCAAGGACAAACAUUUGGAAAAAGCUUAUGAAAUUAACCUCAUGGAGGAGCUGACCUUGAAGGGAAUCACUCAGUAUUAUGUAUUCCUUGAGGAGAGACAGAAAGUGCACUGUCUGAAUACAUUAUUCUCCAAGCUUCAAGUGACUCAGUCAAUAAUAUUUUGCAACUCAGUCCAACGUGUUGAAUUGUUGGCCAAAAAGAUUACAGAGCUGGGUUAUUCCUGUUUCUUCAUUCAUGCAAGGAUGGACCAGAGUCACCGAAACAGGGUGUUUCAUGAUUUCAGGCGAGGAGAGACAAGGACUCUGGUCUCUUCAGAUUUAUUCACUCGUGGAAUUGACAUUCAGUCAGUCAAUGUUGUGAUCAACUUUGACUUUCCCAAAAAUUCGGAGACGUAUUUGCAUCGCAUUGGUCGUUCAGGUCGCUUUGGACAUCUUGGUCUUGCUAUAAAUCUUCUCACUCGUGAUGACAGGUUUGAGUUGUACAAGAUUGAACAGGAGCUGGGUACAGAGAUUAAACCUUUCCCAGUGGUUGUAGACAAAAAACUCUAUGUGGCAGAGUUUCAGCAACAACCAGACGACGAUGACUAAGUAGACAAAUUCUGGUAGGAAAACUCUAAACAUGUUUACACUAACAAGACAAGAACUGGCCAGAGAAAUUUACAAUAAUUAAUUGGAAGCAAGAGAUAGUCCAAGAUUGAUUAAAGAUACUUUUAGUGUUACAUAAAAUUAAUUAUUGUAAGUUUUAAAGCCCAAGCAAUCAAGAUUGUGCCAAGUAGUAGAGGAAAUGGUUUUUUUUACAAGCGGUUUGGGACAAAGUUUCUGUAAAAGCUCAAACAAGGAUUCCUUUUAUUGUUGAAGUAAUUGUAGUUGUUACAAGGGAUAUUCCUGCUACUGAGCACCAAACCUUGUUUCAGAUAACUUGUUUUUGUAUGGAGUAUUUUCCUCAUACUCUUUAUAAAAACUUGAAACUAUUUGGCAUAAA